GAGACAUCCAACAAUACCGUUGCCCAAAGACGUGGGAUAUCGACAUGGGGCAUGGAUGCUACAGCUACAGCAGGGCCAAAGACUCCGCUACCUCGCAUGCGCAUUCACUUGCAUUUGCCAUGAGAGGCAGCGAGAGAGGGAGUCCGGAUUUACUUGUGACAGUCUCCGAUGGACGGCCUCAAGGAAGUUGAUCGUAGGCUUAGAGAGGAUCAUGAUCAUCCCUCCACAAACCCAUCUUGCAUGAGUCGAGACAAGUCGGUCCAUGAUGCCGUCGGCGGAUAUACCGUCCUGCAUUACAACACUCCAGGCAAUGGAUGUCUGGGGUUAACGACCGGAGUUGGGCGGAAUGGCGUGGUCUAUCACCUUGAAUCAACGGGGUUAAGCAGCCGUCUUCAAGGCUACAGCUUAUUCACCUUGAGGUCAAAAGGUGAAUUGAAGCCAAAGCCAAGACAAAUCCCCGAACCGAUAACUCCAGGCACCAUAAGCAAAUUCACCGGCAUCCUCAACCGAACCGAAAGUUGGAGUAGCCAAUGCCCAACUUGAUCCUAUUCAUCACUACCCCAAACUCCGAACAUGGCCACCAUCUUGACUGCAAGUUUACAUCCCGAUGCACACACAUUGAUCAUCUACCAUUUGCCGUCUUGAACAUCAGGGCAGUUGGUUGGAGAAGCUCUCCCCCCUUCCGCCCCAGGCUUACCAUUCAUACACCCCCUUCGCCGUUCCUCCGGGAUUGGCAACAGAACUCAGAGGUUCGUCUGCGCGGGGGAACACACAUUGCCUUUUUGGGAGAGAAUGCUCGUCUGGGGCACGACGUCCGGGGGAGACUCUUGAUUGUGUGGUUGGUGGAGGAGGUGGGUAGACUAGAGACUACGUUAGAAAGCGGACAGAUGGGCGCGUCUGCGAGUGAUGAUCGUUUCUCAAGUCAAGACGAGGCUGGAGGGUCUUCUCCUCUCUGCUGUAUAACAUCAACUACAGCACAUGGCUAUGCUGGUCUGUACAGCACAAGCGAAGAGCUCCGUGCCGUGUCCGUGCCAUCCGAGGCUGGCCCAUUGACGCGAUCUCACCAAACAAAGGCCUCAAGGGAAAUAAAAGCUAAGGCCACGUCCAUGUCACUGCUGGACCCUACCUACGUAAUUGAAGUGCUCCCCCCCUGGUCCGGACUCCGAACGCGAAACGUUGUUGCGCUGGGUGAGUUUAGCUGCCGCUCUAUGCGGAGCGGAGAGGAGCGGAGGCACAUGGUCCAGACAGGCUAAUGUAGGGCCUAAGACGCCGACAUACAAGCGUGAAAAGACCAGCGUUACAAAUUGGAGAGUGAGGGAGGGCAGGUAACACGGUGGGAGUGAUAAUGCCGAAUAGCGAAGGAUUCAGCGAGGAUUGGAAAUCAUCUUGAUUGAUAAUGGCAUUUGGAGUUACAUACUCAUCUCAUUACUACCUACGACUCGAGGGUAUGACAGAAUUGUUCAUUCGCAGCAUAACGGGAUGAGGAUAAGUGGACUAAACAUU